AUGCUUUCAAGUCAUUUCCCUGCCAUUCUUUUGGCACUCGGCUCCGUUCUCACGCUAGGAAACCGUGCCUACGCUGUUGAUGCCGAAGCUGACGAGACUGGAAACCGAUGGGCCUUCUCCGUUUACGCUGACGGCUACACUGCUCGGGACGAGGAGGGCAACACCUCACCUGUCGACACCCUACUUGUCAACAAGAUGUCUAAGCGCCUGACUGUCAUCAAGGCCAUGAACGGAUUCGACACCACCACGCCCCGCCUCAAGAUGCGACAGGUUCUCAAGGAAUGCUGGAAGAUGACUGGCCUUCAACCCUCAGAGUUGAAGGAGGUCUUGGGCUACCAGAUUGAGAACGACGACAUGAACAAAGCCUUGGGAGAGUGCCGUACCAAGAUCGGACUAAGACCUACUGCAUCCUUCGAGAUUUCCAGCAAGGAGACGAACGCGAACCGCAAAUGGUGCUGGGAGAGGCUCGGAACAACAAUCUUCUCUUCAGCAAUCAGAGGUUCGAUUGCGGACUUUUCUAUCAACAAGCAGCUCAUUCAGAUCAAGGUGGACAAUGGUGGAAAGUGGGAUCACGUCUAUUAUGAGUUCUCGUAA